AUGGUUCACGAGCUAUUUUUCGAAAUCGUGCGAGAAAAGCAGCAUGUAUUUUGCGAUGCGAAGGACACAGCUCCAGUUUUAGAACUUAAGAGGAUUGUUGAAGGUGUGCUAAAGAUUCCCGUCACUGAUCAGGUGCUCGUUCGCCUUCUAGACGAUAGCACAACUAAUUUCCAACCGCUUGAUGAUAAGAAAACUUUGGCAGAGAGCGGUUUCAGCGCAAAUAAUGCAAAGGCUCAAGCUCCUGCUAUGGUAGCGUUAAUGUUCCGGGGUGAAUCAACACCUGUCAUUGACGAGUUGUCAACACCACCACCAGUACCCGAUGCUAUGAGGAAUGAGACACAAUCUCAGGAAUAA